UCAACUGCGAAGCAGCGCAGCAGGCUGUGGUUGCCGGGGCGGGAAGGAGAGGAUUGGGAUUUGGCUCUGCUGGUGCGGACAAUCCGAAAGAUCAGCCUUCCUCCGUGUGUGCUUCCGCUGGUGCUGCUGUGACCGCAUCCACCUCGCCGGCUGAUUCGCGCUCCAAAUCGGAGAGAGGCAGCCCCGACCCUCUGCUGCCGCCGCCUCGAGGCUUGGACGGUGGUGUAUCAGCAACUACUGCUGUGCAGGUGUGCUGAAGACGCAUGGUGGUCUUGUGGGGCACUAGUCCUUUGCUGUACCUCACCAACAAACCUCACCCUUUCGUGUGCCGCUACAUGUCCUUCCCGUUUGCCGUCUUGCUUGCUGGUUUCGUUCCCCCGGUCUGUCCCAAACCAAAAAUACAAUCGGGGAAGGCCGGGAACACCUCCGCCAGCGAGCUUGAAUCGAGCCACGACAUCAACAUGAACGACGUGAGCAACAACACGAGCGGCGCCGCCGAGGAGGGCGAGGAGUCGUUCGACAUGCUGGCGGGCAUGCCGCCCACCCCAGGCGGCGCCCUGGUAGCACCUCCGACCGCAGGCGACGAGAGCUUCGCGGACAUGCUGGGGGCGGAGGAUCCCUCCCCCACCACGCCUGCUGCGGUGGCGUGGCAAGGGGUUCGCCGUUCGCCUCGCCUAGCCUCCCAGGCCGCCGCCGGCAGCAGCGCCGGCGCCGGAGGCAGAGCCAUCAACGGUGUGAAGGGUCAUCGGGUUGGGCUGGCGCCGGGAGGUGGGGCGGGCACCGGCGGCCUCACCCCGUACAGCGGCCGGCGCGGUGGCGGGCAGAGGCAGGCGUUUCCGGAGCGGGCGUUCACGCCCGGGACCGCGCGCGGGGACGGGGACGACGCAAACGCCUCCUUCUGUGCCGGUGAUCCCGGGAGCGCAAUGAGGGGCGUUCACCUGUUCUCGGGAGCGAACGUAGACGACAGCAUGGCGGGCGACUCUGACUCGACAUCUCCAGCAGACGCGGGGGGUAAGGCGGGCGACCUGUCGAUGACGCCGAGCUUGGACUUGAACUUGUCUUCCGUGCAGGAGCGCGUGGCGGGCUUGGAGCUUGCCGGGGAUGCUACGACCUUGUCCCCGCCUGGUGCGAACGCCUCUGGUAUGGACGGCGAUGAUGUCACCCCCCCGGAAAGGGAUGCCGCUGACGCCGAUCUCACCGUUGGAGAAUCGACGUCUUCGCCUAUCACCGACGAAGGUACCGCUCCCGCUUUCACGGCCGCUCUAGCGCAGAAGCAGUGUUUAGAGCCUCCGUCCCCCGCCGUGGCUCCGCGAUCGUCGGCGACCGCUGCUGACGGUACCCCCUCCGCCGCUGCCGCCGCCUCCGGCAAGAGGGCCUCGUUUUCCCCGAAAGACGCGGCGGCGGCGGAGGCGGCGCCGUCUGCGGAGGUGUCGCCGUACGGGGCGCGGGGUAAGCUGGGCGGCGGCCUGUCUACGAGCUCGACUUUCGGGGCGAGCAGCGACGACCGGGACGAUGACUUCAUGGCGACGGAGUUCGCCGCCGGUGCCGGCGUAGGGGCGCAGGUGGCGGAGAUGACGCUGACGACGCUCCCCAAGGUGGAGGAAACCCUCCCCGGCCAGCAGCAGCAGCAGCAGCAGCAGCAGCAGCAGCAGCAGCAGCUGCCUGCUCCGCCUGCUGCUGUUGACACGGAGGGCGGUGUCGAUGGCGGCGCCGGAGGUAGCGUUGACGCUGAGAGCAGCGUCAUCCUGGACGAGAUGCUUGUGGCCGCUACUGGUGGCGGUCUCGGUGGCGCUAGCAGGGCGGUUGCACCCCCCCCGGGCGCAGGAGCGGGUCCUACGACUGCUGCUGCCGACAACGGUAAGGGCGGCGCGGCGGUGAUGGUUUCCGCCGUGGAGAAGGAGGCCAUGGCGCUGGCGGCGGCGUGUGUUGCCCAGCAGGAGGCCCUGAACAAGGCGCCUAAAACGGCGGAGGCGGCGGCUGCCGGAACGGAUAAGAAGGCCGCUGGGGCCGAGCGCGAGGGCGGAAACGAAGAGCCCGAGGUCGCUGGAGGAGAGAGCGGCGGCGAUAAGAGGAACGGCGACGAUGCGAGAAAAGGGAAUGCGCCCGCUGCUGUGCCCAGCAAGCAAGCCUUCGGUGGUGGUGCCGAGGCAAAGCCCGCCUGCGGUGGCGGCGGUGGUGGUAUGAAGAACGCCCGCGUGACUAUCUCGCGCGUGGCGGUCCCGGCCUCCGUCUCCGCGCGUCGCGGCAGCAGCAGCGGCAGCAGCAGCAGCAGCAGCAAACUUCGCCCGCCUUCGCCCUCGCGCAGCAACCUACGGCCCCCUUCUCCCGCGCGCGGCAGCGUGCGGCCCCCUUCUCCUUCACGCGGCAGCAGCAGCAGCAGCGGCGUGCGGCCGCCUUCCCCCUCGCGCGGCAGCGCGUUGAGGCCUCCGUCUCCUUCCGCCACGCAGCGCCGGCACUCCAUGGCCUUCGGGUCCCGCAUUGACGGUAGCGGUAGCGCUGCUGCUGCUGCUGCUGCGGCGGCGGCGAAGCGGACGGCGGCGGUCGAGGCGGCGAAGGAGAAAGCGGCGGCAAAGGCUACAGCCGCGCCGGUCGCGGCGGUGCCAGUGAAGAGGGCGUCUUCGCGCGGAAGGGACAGGGUCGGGCGGGAGAGGCCGAGCGUGGGUGGGGUCAGCCGGGGGAGGGGUGCGGACACCAGCGCCGGGGGCGCUGCUUCUGCGGCACCGGGACCGGCAGACGCCGCACCCGCACCCGCACCCGCACCCGUUGUCGUGGCCGCCGUAGACCCUUCCUCGAGGCUGCUCGCGGCUACCAAGCUGUCGCAGGGCCGCGCCCGUCCCCGCAGCGCCAGCCCAUCGGUGUCUUCGGCUAGGGGGCGAGCCUCCACGGGAGGCUUGGGGGGCCCCGGUGGAUCCGGACCAGGUGGGGGGGGGG